AUGAUUGAACCAAGAGUAGAUUGGUCAAACCCGGAACAAUGGGAAUUAGUGUAUAAACCAUCCUCGGACACUUUCUUCCUCUGCGAUGGUAUUUCUAAGCUAUUUGACCGCUUCCCUCCAUGUCCUAUUGUUUUGGAAAUCGGAAGUGGCUCUGGAUACGUAACUGCUUAUACUAGUAUGUUAUUUAAGUCAAAAGGACUCCAUUCUAUUCAUUUUACAACAGAUAUAAAUGUUGAAUGUUGUAAAAAGACAAAGCAAUUAUGCUCUGAGAAUGGGGUAAGUGUCAACGCGUUUAGAGAUCGAUUCUGUGAACAUUUUAGAGGUCCGAUUGAUGUUCUUAUUUUUAAUCCUCCUUAUGUUGAGACUCCGAAUGAAGAGCUUGAGGAUGCAAUCAAGAAACACUCUAUAGAAGCUUCAUGGGCAGGUGGCGAAGAUGGUGCUGUAGUCAUCUAUGAUUGCCUGAAUUUUAUUGUGUCUCAUCGUGAAAAAUUCUCGCCUAACUUCAUAUUCAUAUUAUUGUUGGAUGCUGUUAAUAAGCCUAUGAAGUUAAAGAGAUUUUGCAAAGCGCACGGUUUAGAAUUAAAAGUAAUUAUGAAAAAGAACUGCCAAGGAGAGAGUCUCCUCAUUUCAACUAUCACUCCUAUGGAAUUAUAG